UUGAUCGUUGGGUGGCGCAUUAUUUCCUCUGUAUGCGCACGGAGAGUGUUGUUGUUGCCAAGCGCUCCGGAAAGUAUCAUUGGCACGCAGAGCUCAACUCUUCACAGAAAACUUUCGCCGCCGAAGUACGAGCACAACAACUCCGUUGCUUCUGAUCCCGAACGCAGACGAUCUGCUAUGAGAAGAUGUCCUUGAACGACGUGUACGUGUUUCGGCCGUUCAAACUGAUCGCUCUUCUCUGCGUGUUUCUCGCACUUUGUCUGGACAUUGUUGCCCUGCUGAGCCCCGCGUGGGUAACGGCGGAGGGCUACGCGCUGUCUCUGUGGGAGUCAUGCAGGGAGAUCGAGAGCGACUGGAACUGCAUCUCCACCCUCAAAUCUGACUGGCAGAUAGCCACACUGGUGUUGUUAUUAGCAGGGGCAUCAGUGACAUUAGUGGCCUUCCUCAUCGCACUCAUCUCUUUGUGUAAAGACACACACAGGAAGCACUAUCGUAUGGUAGCGGUGUUCCUCUUCACAGCAGUGGUCCUCCAGGCGUGUGCUCUGGUGCUGUACCCAAUCAAAUUCAUCGAUGGCAAAGUCUUGCAAACGUACCAUGAGUUCAACUGGGGCUAUGGGCUGGGCUGGGGUGCCACCAUCUUCAUGCUGGGCGGAGGAAUACUGCUAUGCCUUAGAACAGACAUGUAUGAAGAUGCCAUGUACUAAGGGCUCCAAUAUAUUACACAAACACACGCUCAAACACUACAUGCUGUCACAGCAAAAAAGAAUCCAGUAU